AUGGCAGCCGCUGAGAGCACAACUAGUGGCAGGUACACCCUGUACUACAACCCGUUUUCAAUAUGUUCGCUUAUGGCUUUAUUGACGGUUCGCUGGAAGGGGGAGCCGGUGUCACCAGAAAUGGCAGUUGAUAUCGUUGAGGAAGAGGUGGACAUUUAUACCGGGGAGCAAAACAGAGAGGAGUUCUUGAAGAAGAGCUGGAAAGGCCAAGUUCCGGUUUUGCUGGGUCCUGAUGAUCUCAAGUUGACCGACAGCCUUGAGAUCACCCUGUUUCUCGCGUCGAGAUAUCCGCAACUACUUCCUGAUGCAUUGCAAGGGGCCAUUACGGCUAUGCUGGAUAAACUACACCAAGUGUGGUUUGUGAGCCUUUCGUUCACCGCCCAGGAAGGUCGAGGAGCCGGCAUCAUUCAGCAGAUUCAGGAUAUAGUCGCACAACCUACAACUUCGGAAGACUACAAAGCCGCUUUGCAAAGGAAGUUACAGUACUACGCCGACUCCUAUCAAGCAGAUCCACAUGCUCCCGAAAUCGUGGCACGAGAACAGCUCAAGGCGCAGACAUAUCUGGCAAAAAUCGCCGACCUACGAGCAGCACAUAAUGCAGGACAUGAUAGCAACUGGAUUUUUGGCAGCAAGAUAGGACCUACUGCACUGGAUGCUCAUACUGUGGUCUUCAUCGCUCGCUUGAUUGAUGCUGGUCAUACCAGCCUGAUCGGCCGGGACAUGUUGGAGUACGGGAUUCAAAAUCUGAAGGCACCAGAGUGGACGGGCAUUGUACGCAACAGAUCUACACUACAUAGCUUGUGGGAGCGGCAGGAAGCAGCUAAGGUAUCGAAGGUUGAAGUUCGUUAG